GUCUGUCAAGCAUCAAAUCAAUUUGGCGAACAGCGGAUUGAAAUUCGUUUAUUUGUGAAUUCAUAUGUUUCCGUUCACAUCUUGCCACAAGUUCAAAUUGUCAAUUCGGGUGGAACGGCAAUUUUCAAUUGUUCGACAACGGGUUCGGCGAUCGAUAACAUCGAAUGGCUGCACAAUGGCAAACCAUUGCAGGAGGAUAAUAUUCUAACCACUGGACGUGAUAACUUACGUUUUUUGGCGAAAAAUUCUUUAAUGAUAACGAAUGUAGGUCGCCGAGAUCGUGGCGUCUAUCAGUGUCUGGUUGAAAAUCAAAAGUCGAGUGCCCAAGCCAUGGCUGAAUUAAAAUUGGGUGAUACUGUGCCAGAAUUGAUUUAUACGUUCAUUGAACAGAACGUACGACCCGGGCCAUUAAUAUCGCUUAAGUGUUCAGCCAGCGGUUCACCGCCACCACAGUUCUCCUGGCUAUUGGACUCCCAGCCCAUUAUGGAUGUUUCUCUGCAUCAUCGCUUUGCAAUUGGCCAAUUUGUCGAUAUGUCUGGCGAUGUGAUAAGUCAUUUGAAUAUUUCACAUGUACGACCCGAUGAUGGUGGACUUUAUAAAUGCAUAGCAACGAAUACGAUGGGCAGUGUGGAACACUCGGCACGUCUUAAUGUUUAUGGACCACCAUAUGUGCGAGCCAUUGGACCCAUCAAAGCUGUCGCCGGCGAAGAUGUAACAGUACAUUGUCCGUUUUCCGGCUAUCCAAUAGAACAAAUUAGAUGGGAGCAAGGACAUCAUGAACUGACAACAAAUUCCCAUUACUCUUUAGCACCCGUCCAACAGGGAGGAUAUCUUGUCAUCAAGAAUGUUGAACCGACUCGUGACCAGGGCAUCUACACCUGUAUUGUUAAAGUUCGCACGGGAGAGGAAGCACGACGUGAUAUUCAAUUGAAUGUCAAUAGCCCUCCAGUUAUCGAACCAUUUAAGUUUCCCAAAAACCUGCAAGAAGGUGGAAGGGCACAAAUCACAUGUGCCGUAUCCUCGGGUGAUAUGCCCAUAUUUUUCAGUUGGAAAAAGGAUGACAUGUCUAUACCAUCAAGUCUACAGAUUUCCGAGAAAAAAGAGGAGUUUUAUUCGCUGCUUGUUUUUAAGGACAUCAGUGCUAAGCACAGUGGCAAAUACACCUGUUAUGCCAGCAAUGCUGCUGCCAAGGUUAACUACACAGCUGAAUUACAAGUUAGAGUUGCACCACGCUGGUCUUUCGAACCAAUGGAUACGGCCAUAAUGCUUGGCAAUACAAUAUCAAUAAACUGCGAAGCAGAAGGAUAUCCGAUACCGACGAUUACCUGGUUCAAAGGACAAGGUAAAUUGAAUACAGAUUUCAAACCUUUAAAUAUGCGCAACCAUUCGCUGGUACUCAACUUGGCGACCGACAUUGACGAGGGUUACUAUAUGUGUCAGGCUACGAAUGAUAUUGGAGCUGGUCUUAAGAAAAUUAUACGCAUCAAUGUCAACGAACCUGCACGUUUCGAACAAACAUCACGCAACGUCUCGUCGCGACGUAAUGAUGCUGUCACACUCGACUGUCAUGCCAAAGGUGAUGAACCCAUUAGUGUCGCCUGGACUCACAACAAUGCACGCAUUGAUUUGAAUAAUUUCCGCUUUAGCAUAGCGGAAAUGAAAACCGAAAAGGGUGUUGACUCGCAACUGACCAUCUCACGUUCGGAUCGUCACGAUUCGGGCAUUUAUAAAUGUGUCGCUGAGAAUCCAUAUGGUCGGGCGGAGCAAAUUAUCUAUUUGGCGGUGCAAGAGCGUCCGGAUACACCCUCAAAUCUAGAGGUAUUUGAAGUUGGUUCGAGAACAGUUAAAUUAUCAUGGCGUCGUCCGUUCGAUGGCAAUUCACCCGUACUCUCCUAUUUGGUGCAAUAUCAACCAUUGAAAUAUCUACAAUCUCAUACGGCACUGGGUUUGGCCGGCAGUGAUUGGAAUGGUCCGAAUAUAAUAAAUGUAACAUUGCCAUCGACCAGUAUAAGUAAAAGGUGA